AUGAGCGAAGCGUCGAGCCGCGUGACGUCGCUCGAGGACGCGAUCGAAGCGCUGGACGUGCGCGUCGCGUCGCUCGAGACGCAGGUCACGGCCGCCUCUCCCCCUCUCUUCGAUGCCGACGCGUGGCCCGCUGCGCGCAUCCGCAAGACGUUUCUCGACUUUUUCGAGUCGCACGAGCACUUGCCCCAUACCUUUUUCAAGUCAUGUCCCGUCGUCCCGCUCGACGACCCCACGCUGCUGUUUAUUAACGCGGGCAUGAACCAAUACAAACCCAUUUUUCUCGGGCAGGUGGACCCUUUGCACCCCAUGGCGAAGCUCACGCGCGCGUGCAACUCGCAGAAGUGCAUUCGCGCGGGCGGGAAGCACAAUGAUCUGGACGACGUGGGGAAGGACGUGUACCACCACACGUUCUUUGAGAUGCUGGGCAACUGGAGCUUUGGCAACUACUUUAAGCAAGAGGCCGUGCACCUGAGCAUGACGCUCUUGACGCAGGUGUACAAGAUUGACAAGGAUCGGCUCUAUGCCACGUACUUUGGCGGAGACGAGCAGCUUGGACUGGAGCCCGAUGAAGAGACGCAACGGAUUUGGCUCCAGUAUUUGCCAUCCGAGCGCGUGCUGCCGUUUGGCUGCAAGGACAAUUUCUGGGAGAUGGGCGACGUUGGGCCAUGUGGACCCUGUACGGAGAUCCACUAUGAUCGCAUUGGCAAUCGCGACGCUUCAGCGCUCGUGAACGCUGACGUGCCGGAUGUGAUUGAGAUCUGGAACAACGUGUUCAUUCAGUUCAAUCGUGAACAGGACGGUAAACUCGUGCCGCUCCCGCACAAACACGUGGACACGGGCAUGGGGUUCGAGCGUCUGGCUUCGAUUCUGCAAGGAAAGGAUUCGAACUACGAUACGGACGUGUUUACGCCGCUCUUUGCCAUCAUUCAGAAGCUCACGAAAGCGGCUCCAUACACUGGCAAGCUGGGUGAAGAAGAUCCGGACAAGAAAGAUAUGGCUUACCGUGUCGUGGCAGACCACGUGCGCACACUGACGUUUGCAAUCGCGGAUGGUGCAGUGCCUAGCAACGACGGCCGUGGAUACGUGUUGCGUCGAAUUCUGCGCCGUGCUGUGCGUUAUGGACAGCAGUUCUUGAAUGCACCGAGUGGUUUUCUAACAGAACUGGUGCCAUGUGUGGUGAACAUGCUGGGGGACGCGUAUCCGGAGCUAGUUGAUAAGCAAAAGAAGGUGGAGGAUGUCAUUCUGGACGAAGAGAAGUCGUUCGGUCGUACGUUGAACAAAGGAAUCGAGCGUUUCAAGAAGAUCGCACAGAGUAUUCGUGAGGCUAACGCCGGGUCCAACGAGAGUCUUGUUGUGCCCGGUGAGGAUGCGUUCUUUCUGUACGAUUCGAUGGGCUUUCCCUUCGAUCUGACGGAGAUCAUGGCCGAGGAGGAAGGCAUGACGGUGGACAAGAAGAGCUACGAGGCGUGUAUGCGUCUACAAAGCGAGCGGUCCAAGAUGGAUCGCAAGAAAGGCGGCAGCAACGGUGCGCGCCCGCUUGUCCUAGAAGCUCGUGAGACGAGCGCGCUUGCUGAUAAGCAUGUUGACGUCACGGACGAUAUGGUCAAGUAUGACUGGCACAUCAAGACCCCAGCGAAGGUGGUAGCCCUCUUUACGACGACAGAGACUAGCUCUGACUUCGUAGAUGAGGUGAGCGCUGGCGACUUUGAGCGCGUGGGCGUCAUUCUGGACACCACCUCUUUCUACGCACAGGCUGGUGGCCAGAUCUAUGACACGGGUGUGCUGAGUAGCGACAACUUCAAGCUGGAUGUCGACUCAGUGGAAUCAUACGCUGGCUACGUGAUGCACAUGGGCCCUAUCGCGUUCGGUUCCAUAAAGGUUGGUGACGCUGUGGCGUGUGAAGUGGACUACGUUCGUCGUGCCAAGGUGGCUCCGAACCACACUAUGACGCACGUGCUUAACUUUGCACUACGCAAGGUGCUGGGCGCGGCGGUGGAUCAGCGUGGAUCGCUUGUGGACGACUUGCGUUUGCGUUUCGACUUUACGAAUAACAAUGCGCUGAAGCCCAAUCAGUUGGCGGAAGUCGAGGCUAUUUGCGAUGACAUCAUCAAGCAGCAGCUGGAAGUCUUUACGCAGAACUCUGCACAGGCUGAGGCCACGCGCAUUGAGGGUCUGCGCGCCGUGUUUGGUGAGACGUAUCCGGAUUUUGUCCGCGUCGUUUCGAUCGGCCAGCCCGUUGCUCCGAUGCUCGAGGAUCCGGAGAAUAAGUUAUGGAACAACUACUCGGUGGAGUUUUGCGGUGGCACUCACCUGAAGAACACGAAAGAGGCAAAGAAGUUCGUUCUGUUCGAAGAGUGUGCGAUUGCCAAGGGUAUCCGGCGCGUGUCAGCGUACACGUGCGAUCUCGCCAUUGAGGCUGAAGAGCGCGGAGAAAAGCUUCAGGCCGAGCUUGAUGCCAUUGACAAGUUGGACGGCGUCGAGUUCGUGGAGCGCGUGUCGUCUUUUAAGCCCGUGCUGGACCAAGCGCUGAUCUCGCUGCCGCUAAAGGACAAGCUUCGAAAGCAGGUGGAUGGUCUAGUGAGCCGGGUCAAGACGAUAAAGAAGGAGGCUGCCGCUGCUCGUGCUGCUAAUGGUGUGCAUGACGCUACCGCCGAGGCCACGAAGGCUAAAGACGCUGGUCAAGAGAUUGUUGUGGUGAAGUUCGACGUGGGCACGGACUCGAAACUAGGCCGCGAAAUGCUGGACGCGAUGAGCGCCAUCAUUCCGACAGGCAGUUUCAUGAUCUUCAGCACGGACUCGGACACGAACAAGACGGCGGCGUUCACUCGGGUAAGUCAGCAGCAUGUUGACUCGAAGCAGCUGGAUGCGCGAAAGUGGGUGAACCACGCGAUGGUCGUGAUGAAUGGAAAGGGUGGUGGCAAGGACGCGCUGAAUGCCACUGGCCAGGCCAAGACAGUGGAAAAGCUCGACGAGGCUGUGACACUCGCCAAGCUGUUCAUUCAGUAA